GCUCGCUCGCUCACUUGUGCUAAGCGAGAUGAUAAUGCAUGGUCAGCUGACGCUGCAUGUUGUUCUACUCAUUUAUUGGUAGGUAAUCAAUGAUAAGUGGUCAGGUAUUGUCAGGGUGAUGGACUCUUCACUUGUCACAACAGCUCCAUAUAGAAAGACAUAAAACUUUUGAAUGACGGUAAUUAAAAACAAUAUGGGAAUGGGCAUAUCACUGCAGCAUAUCAAGGACAGCAAGUCGCCGAAUACAAAAAUAAUUACCAUCACCCUCCCAGCAGAAAUGUCAUCCAUACCGUCACGUCGGCUAGAGACAAUCUUGGCAUGCUAUCUCCAUGCCAGUAAUCAGAAGGCCACCGUCGAAACACGUUUCACUCAUAGACUCAGCAUAUGCGACGCCUGGGCAAUACCGCAAGGAUCAAAGCUUUUGGACAUCGGCUGUGGUCAGGGAGAAUCAACCCUCGUACUCGCGGAAGCUGUAGGCUCGACAGGUAGCGUCACAGGAGUCGACAGUGCGCCUCCUGACUAUGGCGGUCCUUACACUGUUGGUCAGGCCCAGGCACACAUCCUGGCUUCAGUGCUUGGCCAUCGAAUCACUUUUGAAUGCGCCGAUACAACGCAAUGGUUACAUGAACGCAAGAGAACGUUCCUAGAAUCGUCCUCUAAUGCCCCUUCCCGCUCGGAUCAGGCCUCUGCAUCGUCCUGGACUAGAGCAGCUGAGGCCAGGCUUGGAGAGCACAACACGAUCGAAUUUGACGGCGCGGUCUUCUGCCACAGCCUUUGGUAUUUUCCGUCAACUAAUGCUGUACGCGAGCUUCUGGAGACCAUGGCUGCUGCCAAAGUUUCGCGCAUCUAUGUAGCGGAAUGGAGCGGGCAGGCCCGAACGGCAGCGCAGAAGCCUCACGCGCUGGCGGCCGAAGCGGAGAUGAAGUUAUAUUCUCUCCGAUCUGCGCACUACGUACCCCGGCUUGACGAGCAGAACGUGCGUGGCGGGGCUUUAUUCCCGGACGACUUGGUGGCCCGGGCGGGACAGGCUGGGUGGAGUGUUGCCGGAAGGGGCUUGGUAUCAACACCAUUAGCUAUGAGGGAUGGGUACUGGGAAGCCCAGUAUGUGCUGCGCGGCAGAUUCGAGGAUGAUGUAGACGCGGUGGUGAAAGAUGCCACUGCGAAAUGUGAGUUGCUAGGAUAUCGGAACAAGAUCGCGUCAGCUGUAGAGGCAUUAGAGGCGAAUGGCGGCAGCGUGGAAUGUAUGGACACUGCAUGGAUAGUACUGGAGAAAUACUAAGUCAGAU